GCUGAUUUCCCUCGGUACCCUUGGCAGUGCCAGGCCAGGGCCACACGCCAGCUCAUCCUGGGGCCCCCUGUGGCCCUCCACAGUGGGAAUUGGAUGAUGGGGAGCCACGACAGAUACCACGCCAUGCGCUGGUACCUGGGCCAGCUCCGGUUCGACGCUGCCGCCUCCGAGGUUGGCACCACAUGGGCCGAGCUGGCCGUGGAUUUCGAGCUCAGCGCUGGCGUGGAGCUAGCUCCGCCUGGCAGCGCCAUGGCCUCGCGGGCCCAGAAGUUUGCAGAUGUGGCCUCUCGUACCUGGCAGCUGUCCACGCCCAGGCAGCAGCGCCAACGCGGGGGCAACAGGCAACGGGCGCUCGGGGACCUCACAGUGGUCUCUCGGGUCACCGCCCUCGUGGCGCUCGGCUUCAAGCAGGGCCCGGGGGUGACCUCGCGUGCCAUCUUCGUGCAGCCCUUCACGUAUGAGGUGCUGCUGCGCGCGGCGCAGCGUGGACAGGCAGAGAGGCGCCAUGCUCACCUCCAAUGGCGGCCAGACUACGCAGGCGGCCCCGCACCGACCAUGCCGGCAGCUGUCCGGCACGGACCGCCGGCGCCACCUGUGGCCGCUGCCAAGAGGGUGACGGCUGAGAGGAUGGCUGCUGGGCACAACGCCGCCGCCGAGCGGAAGCGCCAGGAGCACAAUGCCGUCGCGGACUCCCAGGGCCUCCACGUGCUUGGGCCCAUUCCCCCGGGAGCUGACAACUCCCAGCCGGUCGUCUGCGAGCGCUGCGGGCGGCAAGCGCAGAAGAUGCGCCUGGCCAAGUUCAAGCAGCUUGGCUACCACAACCGGGAGAUGCCGGGUGACGGUCGCCUUGCUGGGUGGCUGAAUGGAUGGUCUGCCGUUCCGUACUGGCAGAGCUUUUUCUCCUUUGUCCUGCAGGUCAACACUGUGUCAGGCGCCAGGGGCGGGGGCGCUGCCCCGGUGUGCAGGAGGUUCACGCGGAAGACGUGCCUGAGCGCGUGCAGCGAGCUGCCGGGGGCCCCCGCCUCCGCCGAGGCCCGGGAAUGGCUGGGGCGGCAGAGGAGCGAGAGGAGCCAGGAGGUGGGGGCCGGAGCCCCGGUGGAGGCAUGGCCGUGCCCCUGCUGCGGCCUCCGGGUCACGGCGGACAGCAAGGAGCAGCUGUUCAGCCGGAAGAGCGCGCACCUGCGGAAACUCUCGGCCGAGGAGCGGGCCCGAUGCCAGACGGCGCGCACGCCGUGGCUCGGUGUGAAGCCGGUGGCCGGCAGCCCGGAGGAGGUCCGGGGUUGGCAGUGCCCCCUCUGCGACAAGGCGCUGCCGGCCUACGUGCAGGGCCGGUGCCUGCCCACAGCCCGCCAGAGGCACUGGAAGGAGGACCACCCGGAGGUGACUCGCCAGCAGUGGAAGGCCGCUUCCAUGCGCGCGCACGACCCCGGCCGCCACGGCCGAGAGUCCGCGGAGGCACAGGCGGCCGCCAACAAGAGGCGGAUCGAGGAGGAGGUGCGGCGAGCUGGCCAUGACCCCGUCACGGUCGAGGGGUGGUCUGCCUCGCGGGGCACGGGCCUAAGACGGUACUUUGUGCCGGACGCCCUCGAAGGGAAGAAGCGCCGGGCGCCCCGGCAGCCCCUGGGCCCAGACGGCAAGCGGCGCAAGGACGCCUGGCAGGUGGCUCAGCGCCGGGCUGCGCGCGCUGCGCUGGGCAGGCCUGACAAGUGGGUCAGGGCGCCGGACAGGACGCGCGCGGCGUGGGUGCGGAACCUGCAGGAGGACGGGGACGUAGAACCGCACCCAGGAGGCGGGGAGGACGAGGAGGCGCCGGCGUCCCCGCCGUGGAAACGGCAGAAGGCCUGCAGCGAGAAGCCUUCCAAAAUGCUCAAGAGCAUGGGCAAAAAGAUGGUGGGGGAGUUCUGGGCCCACAACGUGGGCGGCUCCACGAUGGCCUGGGACUGCGCCCGGCUGGCAGCGAAGCACGGCGUGGCUUUCGUUGCAACGCAUGAGCACCGCCUCCGCGGCAAGGACGUGGGGGCGUUCAUCGCGUACUGUGAUAAGCUGGGAUACCGGGCUUUUGUGGUGGACGCAGUCACACGGGCCGGCGAAGGGGGAGGGAGGAGCGGCGUCGCCCUCCUCGUGAGCAAGGAGCUGAACUCCGCGACGGUGUACGAAAAGACUUUCGGGGCGUCGCACUUCCAGCUUGUCUCGGUGGACAACGGGCCGCUCUUCGACGACGUUGCCCAGACCGUCAGCAGCCUUGGCGCCCAAGCCGAGUGGGCCAUUGCAGGAGACUGGCAUGUGACGCCAAAGGACAGCCCAGUGGCGCUCUUCAUUUCAGAAGCCGGCGGGCGGGUUGCGGCCGUGCCUGACGGAGAAGGCGGCCACGCCCCCACGCGGUGGAAAAGCAGGAGGUGUAUGGACUACUGGGUGGCCAACGGGCCCUGGAUCCAGGGGAGGGGCUUCGAGGCCACGACGUCCUCUGACCACAAGGUCGUGCGCGCCGCGGUGGAGGUCAGCGGGCACCCGGGCUGCAGGGCGCCCGUGGAGAGGCCCCGGAAAAGGCGCAGGCCGGUAAACCUCGCGAGGCCCGCCGGCGUCGCGAAGGAGCGCUGGACGGAGCUGGUCGCGAGACACUGGGAGGCCCAUGCGCCGAGCGCCCCGGCCGGGCCCCCGGGGUACGGCAGCCUCGCCGCGAGGAGGAGGAGGGCGGACCGGCUGUGGCCAUCCGCCACGGCUGCGCUGGAGGCCGCCCUGAGGGGCGCCAAGCGGGAGAUAGCCGCCAGCGUCGGCACGAGCCCGGAGGAGCUGGACAAGGGCUGGAGGCGCACCAAGGGGCGCCAACGCUUGGGCGCCUUGAGGCAGGAGGACAAGGACCCCUUUGCGGGGGGCUGCAAGGCCCUGAGGCAGGCUACGCGCUGCACGCGGUUACGAGACCUCGCCUGGCUCCGCCGCCAGGAGCGGGAGGGCAGCAAACAGGCGGCAGCUCGCCGGAUCCUGGAGGCGCAGAUAAAGGCGGAUUUCCAGGCCCGGCUCGCGGACUGGAGGCGCAAGAUGAAGGAAGACGACCGGGCGGUCUGGAAGUGGAUCCAGGGGGCCUGGCUCCGCCCCACCACCAGCGUCUUCUCGGACAGGGUCCCCGGCGGGAAGGCGGCGACGAGGCAGAAGGGCAGUGCGGCAGGCCCAGACGGAUGGCGCGGCGACGAGCUGCAGGAUCUGCCGGGCACGGUGUGGCAGCACCUGGCCGAGGUCUACGCAGCCAUCGAGGCGGGGGGCGUGCCGCCCCAGGCGUGGACCCACGCUCGCAUGGUCCUGCUGCCCAAGGGCAAGGGGGCCCGGGCCGAAGAUGGCGCAGUCGACUGCGCGGCGCUGCGGCCAAUCACCAUUCUCUCGGUGUGGUGGCGCCUCUGGGGCAGCGCCCGGCUGCGGGAGCAGUGCGCAGGGGGGUUUGUGGCGACCUUCGACUACUCCCUCGCCUUCGACAUGGCGGACCCCGCGGCGGUGGUCGGCAUCUUCAGGCAGGUGGGGCUGCCGCGGCGCACGGCCGACCUGGUCGGAGGAGUCUGGGGGCAGCAGCAGCGGUGGCUGGAGCUCCAGGGCCGCGUCCUCGCGGACCCGUGUGCGGUCGACGCCAGCAUGCCGCAGGGCGACGGCUGGUCGGUGGUGGGCAUGACGGCGCUCCUCGUGGCGCCGAUCACGAAGCUGCAGGAGGACUUCCCGCGCACGCAGCAGGCGGUGUACAUGGGCGACCGCUCCUGGAAGAGCGCCAAGGCUGGGGAGGUGGCCCAGGUGGCGGCCUCUUGGCGGCGGUGGUCAGCAGCGCUGGGCCUUCAGGAGAACAGGGGCAAGGAGCAGUUCGGCCACCGCGCGAAGGCGGGGCGACGGCAGCUGAGGGCCCAGGCAGGGGUCACAGAAGACACGGUGCUAGCGCAGCCACUGCUGCUGGGGUGCCACUUCCAGCCCUCCCAACGGCGCCGCAAGGCCCCCAAGGAAGAGGCGAGGCUGGCAGCGGCGCAGGCAAGGAUGCGGAGGCUGGCGCUCAUCCCGCGGUCGGCGCUGGCCAAGCGACGCUUUGCAGCAGGCACUAUGGCCGUCGCCCUGUGGGGCUGGGUGGCCCGGCCGCCCAGCCAGGCAGACGUGGACGGGCUCGGCGCCGCCGCGCGACGAGCUCUGAGGGCGGCCAGAAGAGGCUCCCCGCACCUCUUCGAGAUCCUCGUCGGCCACUCGGCGUCGGCGUCGUGUCGGAUGAUGGAGGCGCCAGUCGCGGCAGCGGCCCGGAGGGUGCUGAAGACCGGAUGGAGGUGGACCCACCCAGGUACCGGCGGGGCGGUCAGCCUGCGGCCAGAAGAUGCCGUAUCGGUGAGCAAGCUGAAGCAUGACCUCCGCGAGGGGUGGCGCGCGCACCGGGUCGCGCAGUGGCGGCGCUCGACGCGCAGCGAUGCCGAGUUCUGCCGUGGCGCAGUCCAGUACGACAGUCUACGAUUGAAAGAAGCGCAGAAGCACCUGCAAAGGCAGCCUGCCAUCUUGCCCGUGCUCACGGGCGCCACGAUGAGCUGUGCGGCGUGGCAGUCGGCCCGCAGGGAGGAGAUUGCGUGUCCGGCCUGUGGCCUGAAAGGCGGCGGACAUCUCAUCCACCUCGUGUGGGACUGCCCGGGGGCCUCCGGGGCCGCCCACCGCAGACGGCCGCCACGGCCAGCAGACCCGAUGCAGGCGCGGCUGGGGUGGCCCGUCCGAGAGGACCCAGGCUACUCGAUCAACGUGCUGGACUGGCACCUGCAGGUCCGGCAGGGCAUCAUCCACCAUAG